AUGUUAGAGUACGAAAAUCAAAUGCUUCUUGAAGCAAUUCAAGAUGAUGGCCUUGUUAUAUCAGCAAAAGGUCUUGGUCUUGAAACAGUAUUUAUAAAUAUUAUAAAAGCUUAUUCAGAUCCAGGUAAUUUAGUCAUAGUAAUUGGUACAAUUGAUGCAGAAGAAACAUAUAUUAUUGAUAAAUUAAAAGAAAUGGGAGUUAAAAAUUUACCAAGAAUAAUAACAGCACAAGUAUUAUCAAAUGAACGACAAAUAAUGUAUCUUGAAGGUGGUGUAUUAUUUAUAUCUGGUAGAAUAUUAGUUGUUGAUUUAUUAAAAGAUAGAGUACCACUUAAAUUAGUAACUGGUAUGUUAGUUUAUCGUGCACAUAGUAUUAUGAAUAAUUAUCAAGAAGCAUUUGCAUUACGUUUAUAUCGUAAACAUAAUAAAAGUGGUUUUAUUAAAGCAUUUUCGAAUUCAUCAUUAUCAUUUACUAUUGGUUUUUCACAAGUUGAAAGAAUCAUGAAAACUUUAUUUGUCAAAAAUUUAUAUUUAUGGCCAAGAUUUCAUUCAGUUGUACAAUCAAGUUUAUCAAAAUAUAAACCAAAUGUCAUUGAAUUACAUGUUAAGCUAACACCAAAAAUGCUAAAAAUACAAUCAUCAAUACUUGACAUUAUGGCAUUUAUUGUUAAAGAAAUAAAAAAUAGAAAUAAAUAUUUAGAAUUUGAUGAAUUAAAUGUUGAAAAUGCAAUUGCUAAAAAAUAUCAUAAACAAUUACAACGUCAGCUUGAUUCAAUAUGGAAUCAACUUGGUUCAAGUACAAAACAAUUAGUUGCUGAUUUAAAAAUGCUUGAAUCAUUUCUUGGUCAUUUGAUAUAUGAUAGUUCAGUUAUAUUUUAUGGUAUAUUAAGUAAUCUAAAAACACUUGAAAAUGCUGAAAAAAUGGAAUGGUUUAUUCUUGAUGUUGCCAAUGAUUUAUUUACACAUGCUAAAAGUCGUGUUUAUAAUAAUAAAAAUGAAUUUAAACCAGAAAAUUGUCCAAAAUGGGAAGCACUAACUGAGGUACUAAAUGAAAUACAAAUUGAUAUGAAUGCAAAAGAUAAUGAUACAAAUGAAAAUUCAAAAAAAGUAUUGAUAUUAGUUAACAAUUGGAAAAUUUGUGGACAAUUGAAAAAUUAUUUAAUCAUGGGAGCAAAUGAAUAUUUACUUUACGAAGCAAUGAAGCAUUUAAAAAAAGAUGAUUUAACAAAUAAUAAAAAAGAUAAAAAUACUGAUAACACAGCAAAAGCAAAAGAUACUGCUGGUGGUGAUGAUGAUGAUUUUGGUCAAGACAGUUAUGUAUUAACGUAUUCACAAAAAACACAAGAUGAAACAAAUGAUAAUAAUGAGACAAUAAAUUAUUUUCAAGAUUGUUCACAAGCUGUUGCUGAUGAGGGCCUAUCAAAAUUAUGUGAAACAGAACCAAUUGUCAUGAUACAAACAGUUAAAAAAUUUGAUGAUCCAAUGGCAUUACAAAAAACAUUGUAUGAAAUAAAACCAAGUUAUGUUAUAAUGUAUGGUACUGAUAUAUCAUCAGUACGACAAUUAGAAGUAUAUCAAAAUAAUAAUACAUCAAUAUCAUUAAAAGUUUAUUUUAUAAUUUAUGGUGGUUCUGUUGAAGAGCAAGGCUACUUGACAUCACUUAGACGUGAAAAAGAAUCAUUUGAAAAAUUAAUAAAUACUAAAAAAAAUAUGGUUGUACCAAGAGAUCAAGAUGGUAAAUUAGGUGAUACAUUAAAUACACCAGAAAAAGAAGAAUUAAAUUCACGUAAAGGUGAUGAUUUAAAUAAAGCUAAAAUAAUACCUAAAGUUAUUGUUGAUAUACGUGAAUUUAGAAGUGAAUUACCUGCACUAUUACACAAACGUGGAAUUGAAAUUGAGCCGAUAACACUUGUCGUUGGAGAUUAUAUUAUAACACCAGAGAUAUGUAUUGAAAGAAAAAGCAUAUCAGAUCUUAUCAUGUCAUUAAGUUCUGGUCGUUUGUAUAAUCAAGCAGUGUCAAUGACUCGACACUAUGCCAAGCCAAUGUUGUUGAUUGAAUUUGAUCAAAAUAAAGCAUUUUCUUUAUCUGGUAAUUAUUACAUCAGCAAGGAUAUGAAGAGUUCUGAUAUUACAAGUAAAUUACAGCUACUUACAUUGCAUUUUCCAAAAUUAAAAAUUGUCUGGUCACCAAGUCCACAAGCUACUGCACAAUUAUUUGAUGAAUUGAAAGAAGGAAAGGAACAACCAGUUGCGGAAAUUGCUGCACAAAUUGGACUUGAAGAAGAAGAUGAUAAACAAUUUAAUGUUGAUAAUUAUAAUACCAAGUUACAUGAUUUUGUUUUAAAAUUACCAGGUGUACAUACUAAAAAUAUUCGUAGAAUUUUAAAUGAUGGUGGAUCACUUGAUAAUUUAGUUAAACUAACACAGGCUGAACUUGCAAAUCUCAUGGGCAAUAGCAAAGAUGCAGAAUUAUUGUACAAAGCAUUUCAUGAAAAAACAAAAAAAAAGGAUGAUUCGAUUGCUUCAACAUCUGGUAUGAGCAAAGCAGGAACAAAAAUUAAAAAAAGAGGUUUAUUUAAUUCGAAAAAAAAGUAAAUUAAUAAAUUAGAAAUUUUUAAAUUCAAUCGGUUGGAUCUUAAUUUAUCGCUCCAAUGAAUAAAUGAUUUUUUUUUUCAUUUUUUUUUUACUAAUUAAAAAUUGUUACUUAUCAUAAGGCUAAAAUAAAAUAUUGUGGUUUUUUAAA